AUGGCUCCGAUCCCAACCACCUCAGUGACCCAAAUCACCGAAGGUGUGAAUAUCAGUAUAGCCACUAUUGAGCACCCACUUCCACCACUCUCAUCCAUCUUCUCCUCUCCUCCUUCUUUGGUCUCGACACAUGUUCAUGACUCAUCAACGAUUGUACUCACUGAUGAAGCACCCACCACAGGACCUGAGGUUGCUCCUUUCCAAACACCUCAGUUAAUAGACGCCUAUGUUCACGAAGGCAACCUGGAGAGGACCAACAUUAAUCCUUCAGAUGGUGCUGAUAAAUCCUCAGGUUCUUCCGAUGAUGGAACGCCAGCCAUGGAAGAGGAAUAUAACAUGGUGCUGAUGACAGGGGGAAAAGAUUUGGAUGAUGCUGCUGCUGUCCCUAAAACUGAGGCAGAAGUUAAUGCUCCUAGAGCUGAAUCUAAUGAUGCAGAGAUUGUUGAUGAAACCAUCACUUCCCAUGAAGCUAAUGAAGUUGAGGUCAUUGAUGAUGCCAUCAGAUCUGAUGCUAAAGCUCAUGAUGAAGAUCUUCCAAUCGCCCCUGCAGUUGAUGCUGGUAAUGAGGAAAAUGAUGAUGAAGACGAUGACAAUGAAGAUGACAAUGACUCUCCAACCCUUCCUGAUGCUGUAAAGGAUGUUGAUGAUAAUGAUGAUAAAGACGACAAUGAUGAUGACUUCAUAAUUCAGAACCACUAA